GCGCUCCUUUCUUCUAGUGUCCCUUCCUUGCUUUCUCCUGGGAAUCAGAACCCACAUGUCUUUGGCUCUUUUCCCUCAAACUCAGUGAAAGCGAACGUUAUCGACCAUGACCGACCACUACAUACCACCACCACCAGCAUACGAGCACUCUCAGCAGGACAAGAAGGUUUCUGAGAUUUCUGACACAUUUCAGUCUACUCUCGUCAUAUCAGGCACUCCCGUUCGCACUGUAACGAAAACUGACCAUGAUUGGGAUGGGUGUGAAGACGGACUCGAGGACCCAUCUCAGUUGCCAGUGAAGUGGGAUGCGACGGUGCAACCUCUGAGAGUGCAGAAGAAGUCUCAGCCUGCGUGGCUGGGAGAAACGAAAGUCCGUGGGGGUCGCACUCCUCGACCACUUCCUCCCAAUCCAGCCAUCCAAGUUGAACCUCCCAGUCGACACGCCGAUGUCGACCAUAAUGGCAGUCCCUGGUCAACGCACCAGUCUUAUGACGAGCAGCAUCAUGCAACUCAUGGUCGAGGGCCAUCACCCUUUCCUCCCACCAAUACAUAUGACUCUUAUGAACAAGUUGCAGGACAGCAUUUCGCAGAUCGUUCCUUGCCACCUUCCCCUUUAUCAUCAUUCCACUCCAGUACCACUCCUGGCCACCGCCAUCGACAAUCCCUAGGCGGCUAUUCUCCCGCAGCAUAUCCCACUGCCCCAUACUCCCAAACAGACUCUUCUCAUUCACGUGAUCAGACAUACCUCAAAUUUGAUCCCUACGUUGCAUACUCCAACUCUCCGAACGAAGUCGAAGAUCACAGAGCGCCAAACUAUAUCACUCCUGCUGCACUGUACAGUUCUGCUAUCUCUUCUCAUAUGCAUCCAUCUACAAUACCUGCAGGUCAUCGUUACCAAAGACGACAACACAUGCAUACAAGUUCAGCGUCUGCUAUACCCGAAAAUUUGAUGCAUCAGGGCACGGCUACUCCUCUAUCACACUCCACAUCCUACUCUCAGGCAUAUCCCUCUUAUGCACCCCCUCUUAUGCCUUCUCAUUCCUAUGAAUCUCAUAUAACGAGAUCGCCCAGUCCAAGAACUGGAUAUCCUCAAAUGAGACGGGCUUAAUUCUAAAAUGAAAAGAAUGCCAAUUUACGAGAAGCCUUCCAUUUGUUUCAAUACUAUCACAAGUGCUGUAAGAGUUCUAACAUGACCAUCUAUGUUUUUCUUGGGUUAUCGUUACUGGUACGCCAUGGUCCCGCAUGUAGCCUACGUAGUUUAAUAUACACUGUAACGUUCCAUUUCUACUUAUCAUAAUUCAGUACCCAGUUAUCGUACUUGUAUACACAUUUUACUUUGUA